AUGAAGGAAGCUGUUGUGUCUAAGGGCCCCUCAGUCAAACUCGUGGACAGUCCCAUCCCCAAGCCAGGCCCGGGGCAAGUUGUUAUCCAGGUUGUGGUGAGCGGUAGCAAUCCUAAGGAUUGGAAGAUCCCAGAAUGGAUGGGCCAGACAGCAAACACUGGUGAUGACAUCGCCGGUAUCGUGCACUCGAUAGGCGAGAACGUGUGGGAAUUCAAGAAGGAUGACCGAGUCGCGAGUUUUCACGAAAUGAUGACGCCCGGAGGUAGCUUUGCUGAGUAUGCUGUUGGGUGGCAGCACACGACCUUCCACAUCCCUCAAAAGAUCUCCUUCGAAGAAGCCGCCACUCUCCCCCUCGCUGCCAUGACAGCCGCCAUCGGCCUCCACGUCCGCCUUGGCCUCGACGCACCCUGGGUUCCGCACUCCAAGAACCCGGAGACGCCUCUCGUUGUUUACGGUGGUGCUUCUGCGGUUGGUGCAUACGCUAUUAAGCUCGCCCAGCGCGCGAACAUCCACCCCAUCAUCGCUGUUGCAGGCCGUGGCAUCCCGUUCGUGGAGAAGCUGUUGGACUUAUCCAAAGGUGAUACUAUUGUGGACUACCGCAAAGGCGACGACGCUGUCGUCUCAGGGAUCAAGGACGUCCUCAAGGGCAAGAAAUUGCAAUACGCUUUCGACGCCGUCUCCGAGCACAAUAGCUACACCAACAUCGUGCAAGUCUUGGAGAAGGAUGGACACAUCACGCUUGUCUUGCCAGGAAAGAAGUACGAAGGUAUUCCUGAGACGGUGGACAAAACGAUUACUAGUGUGGGCGAGGCGCACAAGAACGACAAGGAUUUUGCGUACGUGUUUUUCCGAUAUAUUGCAAAGGGCCUGGAUGAAGGGUGGUUCCAGGGACAUCCGGCGAAGGUUGUGAAAGGGGGUUUGGAGGGCGUGGAGAAGGCGCUAACGGAUUUGAAGGAGGGGAAUGCGAGUGCGGUGAAAUAUGUUUUUAGGAUUGAAGAGACGAAGGGGGUUAAGGGGGCGCAGUUGUAG